AGAAUUUCAAGGGAAAAUAUGCAAUGAAAAAUUAAAUCAACAAACAAAAAGAAAGAGCGAGAAAUAUGGAUUGGAUCGUUACUCCUAAAACAUACGUCGAUUUUGUCAUGCAAAGAACUGAUGUUUCUCACCUAGUUUUAAAUCAUUAUCCGCCACCUAAACCGACAAACCAUGGAUGAUUUACACGCGUCUCCCCCCACUUCUCUACAUAAACCACUUCGAUCACCUCAGCUCAAACCAAACCAGUUGCUAAAGAAACAAAAAGAUGGGUAAAAGAUUGUGGCUUUUGCUGGUAGUGCUUGUUCUUGGCUAUGGAGCAACAAUGGCAAUAGGGUUCAAAGGAGAGAAACCAAAGAGUGGUGAAGGAGACGUAAAACAGGAAUGGUUCUUGUUGCCAAACUCAGAGUCUGUGAUAAAAACCGAUGCUGGAGAAAUGAGGGUUGUAAGAAGCCAUGGAGGAAGGAUUUUUGAGAAACUAUUGCACAUAGGGUUCAUUAAAAUGGAGCCUCGGACCCUUUUCCUCCCUCUUUAUCUUGACUCUAAUCUGAUACUCUUCAUUCAUGCUGGUCAAGCCACGGUAGGGUUGAUCUACAAAGAUCACAUGGUGGAGAGGGAAUUGAAGAAUGGAGAUGUGUAUCAGAUCCGAGCUGGUUCAACGUUCUACAUUUUGAACACAGAGGAAUCUCAGAGACUUCACAUUAUUUGUAGCAUUGAUCCCUCUGAGAGCCUCAAUAUGGGUACUUUCCAGCCUUUCUUUAUUGGUGGAGGAACCUAUCCAACAUCAGUCCUUGCUGGGUUUGGCUCUGAAACUUUAUCAACAGCAUUCAACGUCUCGGCGUCGAAAGUGAGUGGCAUUUUGAGAAAACAACAGGAGGGGCCAAUUGUUUAUUUGACCCACUCUCAUGGAUCAAGCAUUUGGACAAAAUUCUUAUUACUUGAGCAACAAGAUAGACUGAAACACGUAAAGAGAAUGGUCCAAGAACGAACUGAAGAAGAGAAAGAAUGGUCAUGGUGGAAACUGUUACCCAAUAUUUUUGGAAUUCAAGACAGUAAUAAGAAGCAUAAAGCUCCAAAAUCCUACAACAUAUACCAGAAAAGCCCUGAUUUCAAGAACAACUAUGGAUGGAGAACUGAAGUUGAUGGAUCUGAAUAUAAGCCUCUCAAAAAUGCUGGAAUUGGCAUUUUUCUUGUCAAUCUUACAGCGGGAUCGAUGUUAGCACCGCAUUUGAAUCCAAGAGCGACAGAAUACAGCAUUGUAUUAAGGGGAAGUGGUAGAGUUCAGGUAGUGUAUCCAAAUGGAACCUUAGCAAUGGAUACCUAUGUAAAAGAAGGCGAUAUGUUUUGGGUACCAAGAUACUUCCCUUUCUGUCAAAUAGCAUCAAAAUCAGAGCCAUUCAAGUUCUUGGGAUUCACUACUUCAUCACAUAAGAACCGACCUCAGUUCCUAGUGGGUGCAAAUUCCCUUCUUCACACUUUGAACAACCUUGAACUUGCCGAUGCAUUUGGUGUGAGCAAGAAGAGAAUUAGACGUUUGAUCAAUGCUCAACAUGAAUCUAUUAUCCUUCCUUCAUCAUCAUUAACAGAUGAUGAUGAUAAGAAAAAUAAGGUGUUUGCAUUUUAA